CGGAUGGAUGAGCAUUUGGAUGGAUGGAUGGAUGUAGGGUAUGGAUUGUACGAUACUGAUAAGCUUUAAUACCAUUACAGCAAAUGGCUGACACUGCACCGGCCGAUAGACGUGGUGGUUUUGGACGUGGACGUGGUCGCGGUGGUCGCGGCCGCGGCCGUGGACGUCGCGGUGACGAGAAGACCGAAUGGGUGCCCGUCACCAAGCUUGGUCGUCUUGUCAAGGCUGGCAAGAUCAAGAACUUGGAAGAAAUUUACACUUUCUCGCUUCCCGUCAAGGAGUACCAGAUCGUCGAUUACUUCUUGCCUUCGUUGAAGGAUGAGGUCAUGAAGAUCAUGCCCGUCCAGAAGCAGACUCGCGCUGGUCAGCGUACCCGUUUCAAGGCGUUCGUUGUCAUUGGUGAUUCUGAUGGUCACGUUGGUUUGGGUGUCAAGUGCUCCAAGGAAGUUGCCACUGCCAUCCGCGGUGCCAUCAUCCUUGCCAAGCUCUCGGUCAUUCCCGUUCGCCGUGGUUACUGGGGUACUGCUCUUGGUGAGCCCCACACUGUCCCUUGCAAGGUUACUGGCAAGUGUGGUUCCGCUAUGUGCAGAUUGAUUCCUGCCCCCAAGGGUACUGGCUUGGUCGCUGCCCCCACUCCCAAGAAGGUCUUGCAGCUCGCUGGUAUUACUGACUGCUACACCACUUCGCGUGGUUCCACCCGUACUUUGGGUAACUUCGUCAAGGCUACCUUCGCUGCCAUUGGUAACACUUACGGUUUCUUGACUCCUGAUCUGUGGACCGAAACUGAAUUCACCAAGGCUCCCUUCCAGGAGCACACUGACUUCCUUGCUCUUAAGCAGCGCAAGUAAGCGGUGUGGUUUCAUUGAUCGCUUGAAACUGCAAUAAAGCUUUCCAAGUCAUUUAUUUGGUGUAAAACAGAUGGUUUUUUUUAUUUGUGGUUGCUGUAAAGAUGGACAUGAAAUCAGUUGAUG